AUGCACAGACCACUCCACACGCUCUUUCUGUUCAUCGCAAGUGCCGUAGCUGUCGUCUCUGGAGCGGUGCUGCACCGGGCCUGGGCGCCAGACGCUCAGCGCGUCUGCUACCUUCAACACGCUAUUCCCUUUCGCGUCUUAAACGCACUCCCACACGACGAGACUACGUUUACGCAGGGUCUCUUCGUUGACCCCAUCAAUAGCAGUCGAUUAUACGAGUCGAGCGGGCUUCGUUUUCGUUCGAGGCUGCAACACGUUGAACUACCAACAGGUCGCGUCCUACAGACAGCGCGUGUGGAACCUGCUAGCCUCUUUGCCGAAGGUGCUGCAUACCGCGCCUUCGACGAUGCUAUCGUCGUCUUGACCUUGAGCGCUGGACGUGCCCUAACCUUCGAUCGCACGGAGCUCCGAUACCGUUUUGGGCAGGACAUUCCGUACGGGCCCUCGGGUGCCUGGGGUCUCGCUGCAGUCCACUGGGACCACCUGGCAGCCUGCCCGGGUGCGUUGCGGCAAUGGACCUGCUCCGACUCGGAGCACUGUCUUCGACGAGAUGAGGAGCCAGCUUGCUUCCUCAUGAGCAACGGAUCGAGCAUCAUUACAGUGCGACAUCCCCGGACACUAGCAUGGCUCACGAGCUUUCCCGCGUUACACCAUCCCUGCUCGGGAGAGCAGGUCUCGUCUCUGAACGAACUGGAGGUCGUCAUGAGACCAGCUGCAAAUCGGCCGGAACGCUUCCCCGAAUUAUGGGCAAAUAUCUGGCUUUCAAGCAACAUCGUUGUUAUGGAUAUUUGCGCGGGUCUGGAGCGUCAGCGUCAUGCGCUGUUUGUCGGUGAACUGAACCUGUCGGUGCUGGCACUGGAGCGAACAGCGCAGGGCCCGUCACCGGUGCACCCCGUACAUCCGGAUGCAGUGCUCAAUGGGAUUGCCUGGGAUGCGAAUCGACCACGAAAUCUUUAUGUUACGGGCAAAUGGUGGCGCAAGCUCUACACCUUGGAACUCGGCUUGCGUGAGCAUGUCGCUGGGCAUACCAGCCGUGGCGCUGCGAGGCAUCAGCGAGCGCUGCUCCGCCUGAUGCGUACUUUGCUCAUCGUUGCCGUACUCGUCAUGGCAAUUUCUGGCUUGGUUCGGGUGCUGGUACGAAUACGUCGCCGGCUCGCAGAUGGCUUGACCAUAUCGCGUACGCAAAACGACGAUACCUCCAGGAAACUAACCGCUGAAGUGCAAGCAACACGUGAAUUGGUCGCUCGUAAAAUGGCCUCACACUGA